AUGGCGGUGGCUGGGGCCGAGUGGGACCCCGCGGCGCUGCUGCCGCCCCCGGGCGGCGGCCUCGACUGGGAGGCGGUGCUGGGCGAGGAGCUGGGCGAGCUGCUGGGCGCCGGCGGGCCGGGGCGCGACGCGGCGGAGCCGGCCGAGCCCGAGGAGAAUGAUCAGUACAACUUGCAUUUUGAUUUGGAUUUGAUGGCYUGGGACUCGGACUUUUGGAAUAUCACAAACCAUGCCUAUUCAGAUGAGAGUGUGAAGACAGAGCCCUUAUCACCAGCUGCUUCGACCUGUUCRGUCCCUUCUCCAUCGUCUGUGGACUCUUCAGUGCAGAACGUGCCUGACGAUGUGGACUUCAGCUGUAGCUCGCAGAUGUCUCCCCUCUCCCUUUACAGCAAGAGCUCYGGAAGCCCCUUGUCCCCGGAGGGAGACGGAGGGAAGAAGCCUGCAAGCCUCCCAUCUCGCUCUGGUAAUUCUGGGAGGACCCUAAAGAGAUGCGCUCAGACAACAACCAGGCCUUCAAUACAACCCAAACCUCUCUUGCCUGCUGUACCUGAGGGUCAGGCUAAUGUUGGUACCCCAACUAAAACCAUCAUUAUUCAGACUCUUCCAACCCUUGUGCAACUACCGAAGCACCARCCAGUUGUUAACAUCCAGCCAGCCCCUCCUAAAGGUCAGUCGGUGGUGCUCCCGCCGCCCGUGGUGCUGCAGCUGCAGGCGUCGGCGGUGCUCCCGGCCGCGCAGCCGCUGCUCGCCGUGGGCAGCGCGCAGCUCCCCAGCCCGGCGGUGACGGCGCCGCCGCCGGCCGCGGGACACGGCUCGGCCAGCGGCAAGAUGACAGUGGCCAAGCCCUUGCUGCAAGGCAGCGCCCCGGCGGCGGGGCUGGAUGUCAACGUCUUGAGAAGGCAGCAGCGCAUGAUCAAAAACCGGGAGUCAGCCUGUCAGUCACGGAAGAAGAAGAAGGAAUAUAUGUUGGGUCUGGAGGCCAGGCUGAAGGCAGCCUUGCUGGAGAAUGAAAGACUCAAGAGAGAGAACGGCUCGCUGAAAAGGCAGCUGGAUGAAGUGGUGUUAGAGAACCAGAAGCUCAAAGUCUCAUCUCCAAAGAGAAGAACUCUGUGUGUGAUGGUGAUUCUGGCUUUCAUAAUGCUGAAUUACGGUCCACUCAGCAUAUUUGAAAAGGAUCCCAGUGCAGUUGACUCCACUGUGAGUUCCAGCCAUCGGACCAGAAAUCUGCUGGAGUUUUCAGCCAGCCAGGAGUCCAGCACAGCUCAUAAAAUCCCUGGGAGCAUAAUUCCUGAGAAGACUAACACGUAUGACCGCUCAGUCUCCGAUAACAAAGCACUGAUGAUAGUCUCAGAAGAACCACUACUGUACAUUUCACCACCACCCCCUCCCUGCCAGCCCCUCAUCAACCGCACAGAGUCGCUCAGGUUGAACCAUGAGCUUCGGGGAUGGGUUCAUAGACAUGAAGUAGAAAGGACAAGAUCUAGAAGGCUGUCAAAUAACCAACACCAGAAGGCACGAGUUGUGCAGAGCUCCCUCAGUGAGAAGGCAGAUUCCCAACUAAUGGCCAUGCCUUAUACAGAAACCAGCAUUAGCAGGAACUCAGGGAAUGAGCUGCAAGUGUAUUAUGCUUCUCCAAGGAGCUACCACGACUUUUUGGAAGCUAUUCGCAGAAGGGAAGAUACGUUCUACGUGGUGUCAUUCCGUAGAGACCACCUGUUAUUGCCAGCCACCACACAUAACAAGACCAGAAGACCAAAGAUGUCUAUAGUAUUGCCAGCUGUAAACAUCAAUGAGAACGUGAUCAACGGGCAGGACUACGAGGUGAUGAUGCAGAUCGACUGCGAGGUGAUGGACACGAGGAUUCUGCACAUCAAGAGCUCCUCGGUGCCCCCGUACCUGCGCGAGCAGCGCCGCAACCACAGCGGCACCUUCUACAGUUCGUCCCCCUCCGUGCCAGAGACGCCCCAUGCCCUCAGGGCCAUUGUCAAGUCCCUGCAGUAGCUCCUGCGGAAGGUUUUACUGCUCUUGUUGGUUUUUAAAAGCUAUUUAAUUCUCUUCCUGUCUAACGCCCUCCUGAGCGGCAGUGUCUGCUGCAGCACAGCCCACCCUCCGGCUCGCCGGCCCUGACCCCUGCCCAGCUGCGCCGAGCCCUGGGAGCGGCUCCCGCUGAAGUCGGCUCUGCCCCGGCCCAGGCCGCAGAGCCGUGYGGCUGCUCCCAGUUUUCCAGAGCCGGGGACUUCCCGCAGGGAAGCACGCGCAGCCAGCAGCGCAUCGCCCGCUCUAAUGACUU